AGUUAGUUGUUCCAUACUUUCACUCACCACCUCUCACCCAAAAAAUGAAGAGACUAAGCAUCUUAACUGUCGUUGCAAUAGCCUUCAUCACUUCUCUGCCAGUCCAAGGAUCCAGCACAAACUGCUCCUACUCCGUCGAGAUUGAGACAACAUGUGCACGAUCAGCCGCAACCUCGGACCAUGUCAGCGUCAGGUUCGGGGACUCCGAGGGUAAUUUGAUCAUAGUGAAGCAUCUGAACAACCCUAAGCCAUUGUAUGCUGCAAAAGGUGGUGUGAGAAGUGGGGGGUAUGGCGGGUUUGGACGAUGUGCCAUAGACAUGUUUGAGGCCAGUGGACAAUGCAUGAGCCGGAGGGUGUGCUCUCUGUACCUGAAGAAGGUUGGGUCGGAUGACUGGCGGCCUGGCUGGGUGAAGGUGCUUCAUCGACAGGAUGGCGGCCGGGUGGUAGUGCCGGUUUCUUACAUGUUCUAUUUUAGAACGUUUGUUCCAGAAAAUGUUUGGUAUGGAUUUGAUUAUUGUCACUCCAAAGGUGGUGGUUUUGUGCCCCAUGUUGUUAGUUUUAACGAGUAGCCUUCUUCUCUUUCU